GAAAAAUUGUGAAAUGCGAAGCCUCUGUCGUUGUAUAGUAGUGUAAAUAAUAUUCCUGAAUAAAAAAUAAAGCACCAAUCUAAACCAAAAUUUUGAAUAAAAUGGAAUCAAUGCCAUCAGACGCUGAGUCGAAUGUCAGUGGGUUUAUUCGUUACAGCGACGAAAAGUUCAAACAUCUUUAUAAAUCUAUGAUUCAGAACAUGGAAAUAAUAAACCAGGACAUCAUGCAAGUAGAGAAGAACAUGAAGAACAUCGUCCAACAAGCUGGCCCAUUGGAGAGCCAGCUAUCUGCCCUGUUGCAAACACUGCCCAAGCCUAACCUUGCCCUGCCAAUGGAGACUGAAUGAAAACAAAUUAAUAAUCUAAAUGUUGGAUAGAAGCAGGCUUUAUUUUGCAAAGUCCUUGAUACACAAGUAAUAACAAACUUAAUUAUCUAUAAACAGCAGUGUGAACUAUGCACUGCCCACCUAUUCUGCUGUCCAAAUUGUAACAGCUGUAAGGUCUAUAGCAGUUUAAAUCAUAACUUAUUGAUAAAAAAUGUUGGAAUAUUCAAAAUUUUCUUUUGGUGGAAGCUUCUAAAAAUGAAUGCUGUUUUUAGCUAGCCAAUGUUUCUAGUUAGGUUUUAGUUUAGUCCCAUAUAGCAUUCUUCUUUAAAAACAUCACAUUUGAAACUUCCUGCAUUUUUUGGAGACAACCCAAAAAAUAGUUUUUGCAAUGUACCUUUUAUGAGCUCUUAUAAUGUUUUAGUAAAAUUAGCAUAAUAUUGCACCCUCAGUAAUAGCACAGAAUAUAGAUAUACUUGGGUACAGUGAUUCAUAAAGACUACAGACAAACCUGCUAACUUUGCCUGCUGAUUUUUCUUUGGUAUUUUGUCUGCACAUGUAUAGUGUCCCUUUUACAUUAUUUCAAAAUGUCAUUGUGUGUGUAACACUCACACUUAGAUUUAUUUUAUCUCUAGCUCAAGACAAGACAAGAUUCCUCCAUGUAUGUGUUGUGUACCGAAGUAUAAUAUAUUCAACACAUUGUCAAUACAUUUCAAGCCUUACAUAAUAUUAUGUUAGCCACACACUAUCAAGCCUCAAGCCGGCGUUUCAUGGUUGUGGCAAACAACAAACAGCAAAGCAUCGACAAAUACCAUAGAUGGCUUCCCUGCCUUUCGGAACUCUCCAAAGUAUUAACAAGCAUACACAAACACCCAACCAUGUUGCUGUUUGAUGUUUGUCACAAGCGUCUGGCACAGCUUCAUAAAAAUUGGGCAAUACACUUGAUAAUGUGUGUCGGGCAUUUAUAUGCCAUUUACCAAUGUGAUUCCAGCCUUACUCGUAUUACAUAACAUUGUGUUCAGUAUAAUAUAACAUUUUACUAAUCAAAAGUAUAUUUAAAUAUACAUAGUAAUAUAGUAUUAUGCUGUUUUUAAAUUGAUGCACAUCAUAUAUUGUAAUUUGUGAUAGACAUUUAGGCCCUACCUCCACCAACGAGGGCAAUUAUCGUUGCCAUUCUCAUUGCCAUUCGCACGUCUGUGGAGAUUGCGCCUUAGGCAUUGCAUUUCAGUCUAUAUGAAGUGCACAUAUUAGCCUAAGCAUGGUGUUGUAAAGCACUGCCAAUAUUUGAAAAAAAAAAAUUGGUUUACUGACGAUAGUUGAACGUGACAACAAAGGCCGAUUGUGCUUCUUUGUCGCUCGUUCCGCGCUCUCGCUUGCACUUCAAGCCUUACAUGGAACGCCUCAGAGCGAGGUAACGCCGCAUGAGUCAUGUUUUUUCGUGCGUGCAGCCUGCUCUAUCGAAUUAUAAGACGUUGUCACGUCAAAAUCUCAAUUACUGUGUGAUUGGUAGGUACAGUAAAAAAAUGCAAUCAUUUAGUUAUUAUUUUGUUGUAAUAAUAAAAAUGUAUAGUUUUAAUUUAUUUUCGUAAGUAGGUUUAAAGUUGAUACUCUAUAAUAUUUAAAUUGUUAUUAUUUUACUGUCUUCUAUUUUUAUUAAUAUUAAAUUUUAUGCUGAGUAGGUAUGUUCCUUUAAUAAUAUCUAACAGCAAAUCAUACAAACGCUAUUGCAUGAUAUUAUCAUUGUAUAAAAUAAAGCAGUGCAUAAGC